UCCUCGGAGACGCCAUUGUUGUGCUCUCGUAGUUUCUCUCUCAGUCGCUCUCUGAGACGUCAGUUUUAACACACAGAGAAUCUUUCCUUUGAAUUCACUCUUCCCCAUCGAAUUUAGGAAUCUCCCGACAUAGCCAAAAUCCAAAAUCCCUUUCACCUGUUUCCGACGAACAACAUCUCACCUAAUCUCUCUCUCGCUCAAAAAGAUCUGAAAUUUCAAAUCGCCCUUCAAUGUUCUUCUCGAAUUCCUGCAUCUGAUCCAACAAUGGUAGAACCCCUUCACCCGCACCGAAUCGAACCCAGGCGAUUCUUCUCCUCCUUUGUCUCCUCCCACAAAUCCCUCAUCACCGUUUUCUGGAUCGCCACCUUCGUUUCCCUCUUCCUCUGGCAAUCCGGUGGCCUUGUCGGCGAUGGUGGUCUCCGCCGCGUCGGAGGUGGGUUCUCGGUUCUCUGGUGGACGCCGACCGCUGCAGCCGCCGGUGGGUUUCCGCGGCUGAGGCAUAAGUCCUUCAAUCUGACGGACUUCGGGGCUGUCGGCGAUGGCGUGACGAUGAACACCGAGGCCUUCGAGCGCGCCAUUACUGCGAUCUCUAAGCUUGGAGGGAGAGGCGGUGGUCAGCUCAACGUGCCUCCGGGACGAUGGCUGACGGCGCCGUUUAACCUAACCAGUCACAUGACGCUUUUCCUCGCCGAGGAAGCUGAGAUACUUGCCGUGCAGGACGAGAAAUAUUGGCCUCUGCUUCCGCCAUUGCCAUCAUAUGGGUAUGGAAGGGAGCAUCCCGGGCCUCGAUACGGGAGUUUCAUUCAUGGUCAGAACCUCAAAGAUGUUGUCAUAACAGGCAAUAACGGUAGCGUCAACGGGCAGGGACAAACAUGGUGGAAGAAGUAUCGGCAGAAGCUUCUCAACCACACGAGGGGACCAUUGGUUCAGAUCAUGUGGUCGAGUGAUAUUAUUUUCGCCAAUAUUACUUUGCGUGAUUCUCCAUUUUGGACACUUCAUCCGUAUGACUGCAAGAACGUCACGAUUACGAACAUGACCAUUUUGGCUCCCGUGUUCGAAGCCCCGAACACCGAUGGCAUUGAUCCCGAUUCGUGCGAGGAUAUGGUGAUUGAGGAUUCAUAUAUUAGUGUCGGGGAUGACGGAAUUGCGAUAAAGAGUGGUUGGGAUCAGUAUGGCGUCACCUAUGGACGACCUUCAAAGAACAUACUCAUCCGCAACCUGAUUCUCCGCUCUAUGGUUAGUGCCGGAAUAUCGAUAGGGAGCGAGAUGUCUGGUGGUGUCUCUAACAUCACGGUAGAGAACGUUCUGAUUUGGAGCUCGAGGCGAGGAGUGCGGAUUAAGACCGCGCCAGGACGAGGUGGAUAUGUUCGGGAUAUUACCUACCGAAACGUUACCUUUGACGAGCUAAGAGUGGGAAUCGUCGUCAAAACAGAUUACAACGAGCACCCGGAUGGGGGUUUCAACCCUAAGGCCUUCCCGAUACUUGAGAACAUCAACUACAGCGGAAUCUAUGGGCAAGGAGUUCGUGUUCCGGUCCGGAUCCAAGGAAGCGAAGAGAUUCCGGUGAGAAACGUGACGUUCAGGGACAUGUCGGUGGGGAUAACGUACAAGAAAAAGCACGUUUUUCAGUGUGCUUACGUCCAUGGCCGAGUCAUAGGUACCGUCUUUCCUUCCCCUUGCGAGAAUCUUGAUCGGUAUGACGAGAAAGAGAGGCUUGUGAAGAGAUCCGAUUCGCAGAAUGUUACAGAUAUAGACUACGAGAUAUGACAUGACAUGACAAGACAAAGAUCCGAUCUGCUCCCAUGUCUUGUCUUGUCCUGUUCUGAUCUGGGGAAUCUUGUUCAAUGGAAUCUGUAAUAUGUACAGAGAAUCAUUGAGCUGAAGAAGAAACGCCAUUGAUGACAGGUUCCAAUCCAAUGAGGGCUUCCAAAAUGUGCAAUCUGUGUCCAACAAGUGGAGAUUUCAGUUUUUUUUUUUUUUUUUUUUUAAUGGUUUGGGGAUUACAGGAAGGGUGGGAUGGGGAAGAAAACGUUGCUUGCGCAACAAGUAAGAAGAUGAUAUUUGGUUUCGAUUUAGGGUUUUAAAUUUUUGAAAUGCUCCCAAUUUCAUCCUUGUUUACUACGGUAUCUGUCUGUCCGCAAGAAAAGCUGAUUGGAUUCCCAUAUUUUUUC